CAGGGCCCGUUCGGGGCGUGCGCGCCCGGCCUGCGUCUGCGCGUGCUCGUGACCCGCUGUCGUGCUGGCUGCUCGGGGUUUCUGUUGUUCGUGGGAAUCCUGCCGGAAGUGUGGCAGAAAGGGCAAUGUGGAGGCUGAGGGUGGCUUGUCGCAAUGCUGCGUUAUGCUUAGAGGACAGGCGAGGCGUUUUCCCUGCCUUUCCUCUUUCCUCUCCCCUGGCGGUCGGAUGUAGGGAGCCGAGGGGCGGUUGCUGCAGAUGCGGCCCAGCCUCGUGCCAUAACUAAAGUGUUUACAGAUAUACUGUGACAUUUGUUAGAGAAAGAAAACUUGUCUAUUUCAUUAAAGCGCGUACACAUCUUCAACGUCUGUUCAUGGAGACAACAAAUAUGUCAUCUGAAGUGUUGCCAGCAUCCAUUGAGCCUCCUAAUGUAGAAGGAAAGCCGGGCGCUAGUGACAGUGAGGAGGAGAGACAGAAGCAGAGAGUGGAUGCAGAGGCCCAGCCAAUAUCUAAACGGCAACUGAAGAAGCUGAUGAAACAGAGACUAUGGGAAGAGCAGCGGGAACAGCGCAAGGAAAAACGAAAAGAAAAACGCAAGAGAAAGAAAUUAGAACGACGGUGUCAGCUGGAGUCCAACUCAGAUGGAAACGACAGGAAACGGAUCCGAAGACACGUUGCUCCUAGCAACCUCCGCCUUAUCAUAGACUGCAGCUUUGAUGACUUGAUGGUGUUAAAGGAUAUUAAGAAACUUCACAAACAGAUUCAACGAUGUUAUGCAGAGAACCGCCGCGCAUCACAUCCCGUUCAGUUUUACUUGACAAGCCAUGGAGGCCAACUGAAGAAGAACAUGGAUGAGAAUGACCAAGGAUGGGUCAACUGGAAGGAUAUUCACAUCAAGUCCGAGCACUAUAGUGAACUCAUAAAAAAAGAAGACCUGGUUUAUCUGACGUCGGACUCACCUAAUGUAUUAAAGGACUUAGAUGAGUCAAAGGCCUAUGUGAUUGGAGGGUUAGUGGACCACAACCACCACAAGGGACUCACGUUUAAGCAAGCAUCCAGUUAUGGAAUCAAGCAUGCACAGCUCCCUCUUGCAGAGUUCGUGAAGAUGAACAGUCGAAAAGUCCUGGCGGUUAACCACGUGUUUGAGAUUAUCCUGGAGUUCCUGGAGACAGGAGACUGGCAAGAGGCGUUUUUUACAAUCUUACCCCCACGGAAAGGAGCUGUCCCCGCACACAAGGCCUGCGAAAGCUCUCCUCAGGACCACCAGGCCCUGCCAGGAGGAUGGGACAGUGCCAUCGAGGGAGAGCAUGGCAGAGAUGAUCCUGGCUCUCCGCACAAAGAGCAGCAGGGCCAGCAAAGCAGCUCGGUUUCUGCAGUGAGCCCUGACCCACAGUAACCUUCCCCUGUUCUCUUGCUUCAGAGAAACCAGACAGUGUGGUCGGUGCUUCCCAGAAUGCUCAGACUGCGAGAAAACUUUCUCUCGUCUCUGUUGUGGAAUUUUAAAUCUUUUUAAAGAGUUAAAUGAUAACGAAAAACCCUUUAAGCACUAAGAAAGGAUUGCUUGGUUUUGUGUAAGAAGAAGACUCAAAGGUGUGAUUUCAGACGAGCUUAAGCCUCACUCACAUCGGUCGUGGAGGCUGUUGCGUGGUGUGGGGUCUGCCUCCACCCGUCCUUCACCGGGGCACGUCCUGCAGGGCCAGCCUGCUGACCCAGUGGUUCUUCCAUGCUCAUCCUCCCUGUGUCUCUUUGGUCUGGUGGCUGUUUGUUGGAACAGAUAUUCAUAACUGUCCCUUGAGUCUUCUAAAAUGUUGGACUUGGGAAGCUACCCUUUCUUUCUGUAGCUUCUGUGUUCAGUUCUAAGAAAUAACAUUAAUUCUGGGAGGACACCGAUUGUUUGCUGGGCUCAACAAUCCAUUCCUUUUGGACAGCGGAGUUGACUCCUGUGCCUCCCUUGUGAUACCUUCUUAUGCUUCUGAAAUAGUCACAAGAAUAAUCUUAAGUCCCGUAGUGACAGUAACUUACUCAAUUACACAAGUUUUGCUGGAUAGAUUACUUUAUAAGGUUACUUCUGAAGAAUCAAUUUGCCUUUACCUCAGUUAAACAAAACAAAGGAGCUGUCCUUUCCAUUUAUUUUCUACAUAUUUAACAUAUUUCCAUAAUGUUAGGAUUUAACAUAAUGUGAAUAUUGUACAUCUUCCGUCCUGCUGUAAUAUCCCAACCAGUGUAAAUGUGUUUCUGUAAAUACCAUGUGCAUGUAAUGUUGACAUCUGUCACAUCACAUUUAGCUUUCAUGCCUUAAUCCACGAUGGCAGGCUGAUACGUAUUGUUUGUGGAAAGGUUGUAUUGAAUUCACUAAUUUGAAUUCAUUAGCCAGAAAUUAAACAGCGGUUUGGAAGCUGAUGAAGACAGAGCAGAGGGGUGCCGUUAGGCUUUUGCACAGUGUCUGCAGAGAAGUGUGUUUGGAUCACGUGCCCCUUACACAGGUGCAGUGGAACCUCAGGAGCGGUCACUGAAUUGGGAGGAAAUCAGCUUCUGGUCUUUUCUCUUUAUUAUGUAAUGUAUGUGCUGUGUUAACACCAAUUUAGAGGGAAGCUCACUAGAUCUGGUGUGGAUGUUCACUGCCUGUUUUUGUUGCUUUAUUCCUAGUUACCUAUGGUAGCUAGGUCCUUCACUGUCCACAGAGGUGUGUUAAUAGUCAGAGUGCAGUUCUUAGUGAGUAAAGUCAGUUCAUGUUGUUACUGUACUUUUCUAAGAUUCAGAUUUGGUGAGAUGUCCCCCAUGUGCCCGUGUGUUUGGACACUUGGUCUCCACUGAUGGUUCUGUUUUGGAGGUUGUGGGACCUUUCUAAGGGGAAGCAUGUCACUUAGGGUGGGCUUUUCCUGUCUACAGCCAGUCCUGUUUCUUGUGUGAUCACACUUCCUGCCAUCCAGGCCAGCCUAAUGUUCCUGAUGGCAGGCCUUCCCUGCCACGAUGGACUAUAUACCUCCUGUAGAGCUCUAACCAAAUAAACUCUCCUUCCUUACCUCCUGUAGAGCUCUAAACCAAGAUAAACUCUCCUUCCUUA